AUGACAUCCCCCACCUCCCAAUCCACCUCCUCCUCCUCCACCACCACCACUACAAAAACAACCACCAAACCCCCCGCCCCCUCACAAGUCUUCACCGCCUCCUCCUCCCUCCGCUUCCGCCGCAUCGGCAGCCCACGCCUCUCUCAAUCCCCCGUUCGCAAGCAGCCCCCACCGGCAACACCCAGCUUCUUCCAAGACUCGGACGUCGGUAGUAGCGUUACACGCCUGGGCACCUCCGUAGACUCCCCCAGUGGUAGUGGUGCGGAUCCAGGUACACCCACGCCGACACCCCGCCGCCCGGUACUGGCAGAGAAGGCGGGGAACGAGAAGCGCCCGCGCGACGAGGACACCCCCCUACCAGCUAAAGAGAAGACACCGCAGAAGGAAAAUGUCACGGAUGAUGAAGAGGCGCUGAGGAAGCUGCUGAGUGAGAGGGUGGCGGCGCUGAAGGCUGAGAUUGAAGGGUUGAAAGUUCAGCGGGAGCUGGAGGAGGCAAGAAUUGCAAAGGAGUCGGCGGCGGUGGCGGGAGUGGUGAAGAGGGUGGAUAGAGUGGAGAAGGAUAGAAUGGAUGACGGGCUGCAGGCGCUAUUGCAGAGGUUACUCGCCGCCAACGACGGCUCACACACGGCACUACCGGCGCUGAAAGCUACGGAGGUAGAGGAGGAUGAGCUGAUACCGAGUGCACGCCCGCGAGAAUCUACGGACCCGGGGGCAUUCCAUUGUCUCACCUUUACCCGCGCCUCAACAAGCACCUACACACCCCCUCUCCCCACCACCUCCGACGGCGACGACACCACCGCCUUCCUCACCACCACUGAUACCGCACCACCCUCCGCGCCCCUCCAGAAACACACAGCCACCGGCUACGCUUCCACCGCCUCCUUACCUUUACACUCACCUUCAUCCUCGACCCCCCACCUCUAG